GGAUUCUUCCCGGAGCAAAGACAAACGUUACUCCGGUCUCCCUCUCGGGCCGACCCUCCUCCCUCUCACGAAAAAGGUGGACGCGGCGGCGACGACACCGGCGCCGGCGGGGAGAGGGACGGCGCAACCGGAGGAGGCGGUAGUGGCGUCCCCCCUCCUCCCAUUCCCCCUCCCACUGUCCAACCGGCGGCACAGCAUCCAACAACAGCGGCCUGAGCUCGGCGGUGACAAGGAGUGGCGACCGCAACGACCCCGUCGCCGGCGUGCUUCUCCCCCGACGCUGGACUGGCAAAUCCACAGUUAUAGCUAGUAUCAACAAUGUCAGUUCCUGGUAAGGAUAGCAAUAUGCAGCAGCUAGUCCCAAUGGCACCACUGGCAAGGGUUUCUGGUGGUGAACUAGUGGCGAAGGCUUCUGUUGGUGACAGUGGAAAGCAGCUGGUGCUGCUGGAGGAUGGAGGAAAGAGCUCGGGAGGGGUCAAGCUACGGGAGGAUGAGGAGGACCUAGAGGUGAAGCUAAGGCGCAUCAUGGAGAAUGUCCCCGUCCGUGUCAGCAACACCUCUGGGUCCUCCGCUGGUUCUGGCUCUGGCGACUUCCACCAGUAUCGGCAAAUGAGGAGAAGGGAGCAGGACCGAAUAACGAGGAUGGAGCGUGAUUACGAAAAGAGGAAACAGGUGGCUGAGUUCAAUCUGCGGAGGGAGGAGAGACUAAGAGCAGCCGAGGAGCGUACAGCCAAGAAGCGCCUGAAACGCCAAAAAAAGAAGCAGCGUAAGAAAGAAAAGCGGGCCAAACCAAACGGUGGUGGCGAGGAAGAACCCAAUAGCAGAGUAUCUAACCGGGUGGAGGAGUCCUCAGACGAUGACGAGGGUUCGGAUUACGAGGGUGACGACAAGUUUAAGCAGUGCACAUGAAGUUGAUGUCAGUCAUUCCUGGAUAUUGUUUUUCACCUGUAGAGAUUCUGGAUGGUGUGGAAGACUGUCAGUCACUCCAUGGUUUGGCUGUGGGCAUGAACUAACACAUCGCAUGUAGUAAUAUAGACUCGGAAACAUGCUAGAUUGGGGCAUUGGGCACUCUGUUAGUUUUCUGGAAACGCUUGUCUGCUGUGAGAUGAACAAUCGGAUGCCAGUGGGCAUUCUAUUGGACGGUACAUGGGGAUGGGGCAUUGGCUUCUUGUUAUCAAUUACUCCCUUCUUCCGGAAAAGCUUGUUGCGGUGGCAAUUUUGC